AUGACAGGAAUGACCACUCAAAAUCAAACUUCCGUGGUAGAAUUUAUCCUUCUGGGGCUCUCAAGCCAGCCAAAGAUUCAGAUUUGGUUGUUCAUUGUGUUUCUUGCAUGCUAUAUUAUAUCACUGAAAGGCAACAUAAUUAUCAUUUGGAUAAGCCAGGUGGACCCUCGGCUUCAAACCCCAAUGUAUUUUUUCUUGAACAACUUAUCCUUUUUAGAUAUCUGGUACACAUCAUGCAUUGUUCCCAAAAUGCUUGUAAACUUUUUGUCGUCAAAAAAGACUAUUUCCUUUAAAUGGUGUAUAAUCCAAAUGUUUAUCCAUCUCUCCUUAGGUGGGACAGAAUGCUAUAUCUUGCUAGUGAUGGCCUAUGACCGGUACGUGGCUAUAUGUAGUCCUUUACACUACACAAGUAUUAUGCAUUCAGUUCUGUGCAUUAAGAUGGCAACUGGCUCCUGGAUGGGAGGUCUUAUUAAUUCAUUAAUACACACUGUCUUUGCAUUACACUUGCCAUUCUGUGGCCCUAAUGUAAUUAACCAUUUUUUCUGUGAAGUACCUGCAGUGCUAGAUCUAGCAUGCGUAGAUGUCUCACCUAAUAAGACUGUCAUUUUCUUUUGUGCCAUAUUGGUGGUCAUGAUCCCCUUUUUCCUUAUCCUGAUAACGUAUGUCUACAUUAUCGUCAAUAUUCUUAAGAUCCGUUCUUCUGCAGGAAGGAAAAAGGCAUUUUCUACCUGUGCGUCGCAUGUCAUUGUGGUUUGCUUGUUUUAUGGUACCUGCAUAUUUAUGUACAUGAGACCUGGACAAAGUCACGUUCUUAAUCAAGAUAAAAUGGCUACCUUGUUCUAUAGUGUUGUUAUCCCAAUGCUGAAUCCACUUAUAUACACCCUCAGAAACAAAGAUGUUAGAGGAGCUUUGAAGCAAACUAUCAAGAAAAAGGGAAUCAACUUCUCAUGA